AUGGCCCCGUCCAAAAAAGCAGGCAAAAAGUCUCAAAAGAAUGACCCCAGUCGUGGUAGAUCCCAAAAUGGAGGUGUCACCAAGGCAGAUUGGGCGGAUUCUUUCAAGAAGAAAGGCGCCGGAGUCUCAGAUAUGACCUUACUCAGUACCAUAUCAAAUGAUGCAAUCAAUGAUAAUUUGAAAAAACGCUUCGAGAACGCGGAGAUAUACACUUAUAUUGGGCAUGUAUUGAUUUCCGUCAACCCAUUUCGAAUGCUACCAAUUUAUGGCCCAGAAAUACUGAAUUCUUACAAAGGGAAAAAUCGAUUAGAGAUGCCCCCACACGUUUACGCCGUAGCUGAAAGCAUGUACUACAACAUGAUGGCGUAUUCCACAAAUCAAUGUGUGAUAAUCUCCGGAGAAUCAGGGGCUGGAAAGACUGAGGCCGCAAAGAAAAUUAUGGAGUACAUUGCUGCGGUGGCCGGAGAAGAUCACAAUCAAUCGGGCAAAGGAAUCACCGGCGUUAAGGAUAUGGUCCUCGCCACCAACCCGCUCCUGGAAAGUUUCGGCUGCGCCAAAACCCUACGAAACAACAACAGCAGUCGGCAUGGAAAAUAUUUGGAGAUUGAAUUCGGCCCCAACGGAGAACCCGUUGGAGCGAUGAUUACCAACUAUCUCCUUGAGAAGGGCCGGAUUGUUGGGCAAAUUGAUGAUGAGCGGAACUUUCACAUAUUUUAUCAAUUUACCAAGGGAGCCUCGCCACAACAACGAGAAGAAUACGGUAUCCAAGAUCCAUCGGCUUAUUACUACACUUCCCGCUCUGGUUGUCUAGAUGUGCCACAGAUGGACGAUGUUGAUGAAUGGAACCAAACUCUGCAAGCAAUGCAAACAAUUGGAUUGAGUGCAGACGAACAAUCAAACAUUCUGAAGAUGCUAGCUACCGUUCUAUGGCUGGGGAAUGUUCAGUACGCUGAAAACGAAGAAGGGAAUGCAUACGUGAUGGACGAAAGUGUAAUCGAAUUCGUAGCUUACCUUUUGGAAGUUGAUGUCAAUAUGGUCAAGAAGGUUUUAACGAGUCGUACGAUGGAAACUCAACGUGGAAUGAAGCGCGGGAGUGUUUACGAGGUCCCGCUGAACACUGUUCAGGCAGCAGCUGCCCGAGACGCUCUGGCUAAGGCUGUUUACAACAAUCUGUUCGAAUGGAUUGUUGCACGAGUCAAUAUUUCAAUGAAAUCCCGGACAUCUGCGUCAUACGUCAUUGGGGUUCUUGAUAUCUAUGGGUUCGAGAUCUUUGAGCAUAACUCAUUUGAACAACUGUGUAUCAAUUAUGUCAAUGAACGCCUUCAGCAAAUUUUCAUUGAAUUGACUUUGAAGAAAGAACAAGAGGAAUAUGCAAAUGAACAGAUUACAUGGACGCCCAUUAAGUUUUUCAACAACAAGAUCGUUUGUGAUUUGAUUGACGAGAAGCGACCUCCCGGUAUAUUUGCAGCCAUGAAUGAUGCUACAGCAACAGCCCAUGCCGACUCAUCUGCAGCAGACAACUCGUUUUCUCAGCGUACAUCUAUGUUGGCCAGUAACCCGCAUUUUGAGGCACGUGGGAACAAAUUUUUGAUCAAGCAUUACGCGGGUGAUGUCUUGUAUGACAUCCAAGGCAUGACCGACAAAAACAAAGACGCUCUCGGCAAAGAUCUUUUGGAGCUAGUCCAAUCAUCCCACAACUCGUUUAUCACCGGUCAACUCUUCACGGAACGAAUCGACGCCAACUCCAAAAAACGCCCACCUAGUCAGGGAGAUAAGAUCAAGAUGUCUGCCAAUGCCCUGGUUGAAAAGCUGAUGCGCUCUCAGCCGUCCUACAUCCGAACCAUCAAGCCCAACCAGUCGAAAUCGCCUACCGAGUAUGACUCCCCGGCCAUCUUGCAUCAAAUCAAAUAUCUAGGUUUACAAGAAAACAUCCGCAUUAGGCGAGCCGGUUUUGCUUAUCGAAACACAUUCGAACAGGUCGUCCAACGUUUCUACCUCUUGUCUCCAGCCACCUCCUACGCCGGUGAUUACAUUUGGAAUGGCGACUCUCGUUCUGGCUGUGAAAAAAUCCUCAAAGAUGUUGGUAUUGCCCGCGAAGAAUGGCAAAUGGGUACUACCAAAGCUUUUAUCAAGAACCCCGAGACCCUUUUUGCCCUUGAGCAUAUGCGCGAUCGAUAUUGGCACAACAUGGCAGCGAGAAUUCAAAGAGCGUGGAGAAACUUUAUAAGAUAUCGAAAUGAAUGUGCGACGCGAAUCCAACGAGCUUGGAGAAACAACAAAGAAGGGAUCGUUUAUCUUCAGUUGCGUGAUGCGGGCCAUCAGGUACUUGGCGGUCGAAAGGAACGCCGGAGAUUUAGCUUAUUAGGAUCGCGCAAAUUCCUAGGCGACUAUUUGAAUGUUGGUGGCCUUGACGGUAAGACUAAAAAAAGUGCGCUGGGCGAAAUGCUAUACAGCAAAUUGGGUAUGAAUACUAGCGAACGAAUAAUCUUUAGCUCCAAGGCCCAAAUUUUGGUGUCAAAAUUGGGACGUUCCAGCAAACUAUCACCUAGGUUUCUGGUCUUAACGGAUCGCGCAAUUUACAUAUUGAUUACGCAACUAGUGCCCAGCAAUGACGGCCAGAAACGUUCGGAGACCGUAGUGGAGCGGAAGAUUAAUGUAUCGGUGAUCAAUUCAGUCGGCGUAUCUCACUUGAGGGAUGAUUGGAUCGUUCUCAAUGUCAGCAAUUCAGAAGAGCAGGAUCCACUUUUAUCGUGCGUGUUCAAGACGGAGCUCAUUACUCGUUUGAAACAACUUCAAAGCUCGUUGACUGUUAACAUAGGCCCGACCAUUUCGUAUCGUAAGAAAAAAGACAAGAUGGCUGUGAUAAAAUUUCAGAAGGACGAGACUAUUCAACGAGGUGACGUUUACAAGAGUCACACCGUCUCCGUGCCCUCUGGGCAACCAGGCACAAGCGUAUCUUCUCCGUAUCCCAAGAAGAAACCCGGUUUGAUACGGCCAAUCACUAGUGGCAAGUUACUGCGGAAGGGUGGACCUUCAGAGAGUAAACCCCGACCUCAGGCUCGUCCGACCCCUCAGGCGCGUCCUCUCCCUGGCGCAGGGGGUGGAGCGCCUGCUGCGCUGGGAUUCAAAUCUGCAAGUGGCCCAUCACCACCGCCACCACCCCCACCCCAAACGUCAAAUUCCUCAGCUCGUGUACCGCUUGCUCCAUCAGGCUUUAAAGCAGCGGGUGGGCCUCCCGCUCCACCACCACCACCACCACCUGCACCACCUACCUCUUCCAACUCUUCAGCUCGUGCACCGCCUGUAAAGUCAUUGGGUAACGCGGCUCCCGUCAAAGCUCCACCACCACGACCGCCACCCCCAGUAAAAGCUCCCAGCGAACCAGAUGUGGCUCUGUAUCUAGCCAUAUGCGCGUUUGAAACCGAAGAAGCAGGUGAGAUGGCUUUGGUAAAGGGUGACUUGGUUGAAGUGAUACAGGAAGCGGACAAUGGCUGGUGGUUAAUCAAGAAAGGAGCCGCGCAAGGUUGGGCGCCAUCGAAUUAUUUGCAACUUGAGCCUCGGCCUCCAACUGCGCCCAGCCGACCAGCUGCACGACCGCCUCCUGCAAUGUCAACCCCGAGCACCCAAACCUCGGCGACUAGAUCGACUCCAACAAUUGGUCUUGGCUUAAAAACGGCAGACUCGUCUUCUGCCCCGGUUGCAGUGAUGCCCGGGAUGGGACACGUGAACGGACUGGCGGGUAUUCUGGCUGCCAAGCGAGCUGCUGCAGCUGGCCAAACCGGUGAAUCUCAGUGCCCAUCCAGUAGCCCCAAUCCUAGUCCUUCGUUGAAGAGCGGGUCCAAAGGGCCACCUCCCCCACCACCCAAACCGAAACCACCAGCUUUAGCUCCUAAACCUACCGGCGUCGGGGGACCUCCACCCCCUAUACUGUCCAGUAAGCCUAAUGUUCGGCCUGGUGGAAACCCUGGGGUGGGUCAAAUGGAUCUGGCUGCUGCACUUGCCAAACGAGCCGGUCGAACGGGAUAA